CAAAUUGGUGAUCGAAGGAAAUCGGAUUAACAACCAGAUUUUCCAAUUUCUUCACCAAUUAUGGGUUGGUUUGAGGUGUAGAACAUCUAUUUUAGACUUAUAUGAAUCCUUUUUGACUCUUGAUAGUGUGUUAGGAAAAAAAUAUUAAAAAAAUUGGCGUUUCUUAAUUCCUGUUGCUGCACAAGAUUCAAGAUUUUAGUGAAGUUUUUUUAAAAAGUGAGGAAAAUCAACAAAGACUUGUCAAGAUGAUGGUAUCACAGAGAAUAAGAAGGACCAGAGAGGUCACUGGGCCAAAUCCUCAUUCUGUUGCUAUUUUGGCCAGACCUACAAAUAGUCGACCUCCAGAGUACUUGAUAUUAGAAAGACGAAAACAAGAAGAAAAGUUAGAAGAAAAUCAGAAAAUGACUAACUAUAUGGAGUUAUGUGAUUUAAAAAAUGAAUGGGAAAGAUUUACUGAUAAAAAGAUUCAGUUAAACACAGUAAAAAGGAGGUUAAACUCCAUGAUUCAAGCCAAUGAAUUUACUAUUGAAGAGAGGAGAGAAAGAUUAAGAGAUAUGUUAGAAAGUGAAGAGAAGGAAUAUCUACAAGAAAUGGAGGACAAACAGGAAACAACGAUAGAACGUCAAGCUAAGAUGAGGUCCCGAGCUAAAUUCUUGAAAGAACAGAGAGAAUCUGAAAGGUUGAAGUUGGUACAAAAUAAAUAUGAUCAACAAUUUAGAGAGCAGUGUGAAGAAUUAAGAUCAACUGUUUCUAAAAGAACACAAGAUCAGAUCUGUGUAGAGAGAUUAGAACAACUACAAAUUAAAAAUCAUCUUGAAGAUGCACAGAGAGAGGAAGAUGCUAUGUAUGCUGAGCUCUGGAAGAAAGACAUGUUAGAAAAAGCCAAGAAAGAGGAAGAAGAAGCCAAAGCUAAACAUCUUCGUAACCAAGAAGUUGUUGGUAUUCUACAGAAACAAAUGGCUGCCUUACAAUAUCAGAAAGAUGAGGCUAAGAGAUUGAAAGAGGAAGAAGCUCAACUCUUGAAAGAACAAGCCUUGUUAAGAAAAUUAGAAGACAGAAGGGCGUUUGAAGAUAAAUUAAGACGGCAGAGAGAAACACGAGACAUGUUAGAUAAAUGCUUGAAGAUUAAAAUGAAGAAGAAAGCGAAAGAAGAGCAAGAACAGAUGGCGUUUGAUCUCAAGAUGUUGGAAGAGUUGCUGGAAGAAUCUCGAAACGAGGCCAUGGAACAGAUGCAGAGAAAGAAAGAGCUACGUUUAGAAGAUCAACGUUAUCGAACUUAUCUACAACAAUUAAUGGAAGAAGAACAGAGAAAGGAGCGAAAAUUAGAUGCUCUAUGUAACGAGGAAGUGGAGAAGUCAUGGCAGAAACGACUGGAAGGAUGGAGACAGGAAAGACUGGCACGUAAAAGGCUAUUAGAUGAUGUGAUGGCUGGACGUGCUGAACAAAUCAGAGAUAGAUUGGUUGAAAAUGAGAAGAAUCAACUUGAUGCUCAGAGAGAACGAGCUGAACUCAUGAAGGUGAUCGAGAAAAAUAAACAACUAGAUCGCGAAGAAGCACAACGAUUAUGGCAGAAACAUCUUCAAUAUCAGAAUGACUUGGAAGGCCAGAUUGAUUAUAAUGAACGCCAGCGAAUACAGGAACGUCAAAUGGAGGAGAUAGAGUAUAAACUUGGUAUGCAGGCUGAAAGAGAGUUCCAACAGAAGAUACAAGAAGCUUUAAGUAAUCCUGUUAUUGAGAAGUUACAUCCAAUACGUCGGCGAGCACAAUCAGCUACGCUUCAGAUUCAAGGAAAGGGAUUUUAAAAUCAAAUUUGGGACUUUUAAGCAUUCCAUUAAUUAUUUGGAAUUUUUAAACAUUUCAUUAAUUAUUUGGAAUUUUUAAGCAUUUCAUGAAUUAUUUGGAAUUUUUUGAGUGAUAUUCAAGGCGCAUUGUUUCUUUUUAUGGCAAAAUGUUGUUUGUUUGAGCUUUUUGCAUCAUAGAGAUUCCAAAUAUUUUGAAUAAUUUAAUUCUAUGAAAUGCAGUUGUCAGAAAAUAAAGAGUGGCGUUCUUUUAAACUUUGCGUUCAUCUCAGCUUUAUUUUGCUAUCAAUUACUGUGAAAUCAUUGAUAUUCAUGAGGGCUCAAAUAUUCGGAAUUUAUGUCCCCAUAAGAUUUAAAGCACUGUAAUAUUGUAAAUUGUAUAAAAUGAUAUCAAAGGGUAUUAACAAGUAAUGGUUUCGAUAAAAAUGGGCAGUAAACACAAUAAAUCCCACUUACAGUAGAAACAGAAAGCUGUAAGAAUUAAAACAUAAUCAAAUGAUUAUGUGAAGUCCUUGAAAAAAAUUCUUAAAAAAAUGGGAUUUUCUGAAUUCCUGAUAUCCUUGAAUAUACUUAUCAGGACAAACCCAUUAAAUAUGGCACCCAUGAAAAUAAAUGAUUUUACAGUUUUGUUAGGAAAUAACAGGGAGUUCAUAAGUCAUUCUCUAAAGAUAUGGUUAUAAUUCAAGGUUUGGAAACUAUGUACUUGGGACAUAUUGCCCUUAGGACUUAUACACAACUCAUACAGUUAUUGUACAUAAACUACUUAUCUGUGAUAUUCUAACACGUUUUUAUAGAUACAAUAUUUUACUAUGGUUUUAUCAGUAUUUUGGGAUCUUAGAAUCUCUUUUUAGCAAUCAAAAAUGUUAGCAUUUUGUGGAAAAAUCUGCCUUGUAACAGAUUGUCAUUAGUUACUAUAUAAACAACAAUCAAACAAUGUCUAAUAUAAACGCAUUGAAUUCAAAAUUGGAAUUUUAGUAUCAAAUUUUUAUCCCUCUAGAAAUUUUCAGGAUAUUAACAUCAUACACCCUGAGCUCCAAGAUAUGAAAGCUCAAGUGAAUAUUAACAUUAUGUGACUUCACUUUAGGACAUCUGGGUCAGAUUUACAUAUUAUUGGAAAAAAUCUGGAGAUAGUCAUAAGAUGAUGUCUUUCUAUUACUUUCUUACAUGGUUUCUAUUGGAUUGUUUUUAUUCUUGUAUAUAAUAUGUUGAUUUAUUUAUUUAUAUGUAAAUAAGCUACUGAAUAUUCAUGAGUGUUUAUAUUAUGAAUAUGUAAAUGAGAAUAUAAUCAGUAAAAUAAUUGUAUGGAUUUCUAAUGCUGAUAGGACUACAUUAUUCUUCUGGACAUCUCACCCGAUCAGAAUUAAAGAUGAGAAUUUAACCCUCCUCUGUAAAUUGGCUGGUUCUGAGACAAUUUGAGCUGGGGGGUUAAAAAUCACAUUUCACACUUACAUAAUAUGUAUGAUACUGAUUGUAUCCACUGAUUGUAUCCCCUGAUUGUAUCCCCUGAUUGUAUCCACUAAAUUAUGAUUUUGAUGGGAGGGUUUUGCUUAUUUUCUAGAAUAAGAUUUCAGCAUUAUUUAACAUUUUUCUUUCUUAAUCACUUAUGGCAGUUUGUCUUCUAAAUAAAUAACAAUGUGAUUGCUGGUUGUCGGCUUUCAACAUGUGAUCAUGAAAAUAUCCACUACAAGCUUCAGCAUUAUUUUACAAAUUUUGGCUUUCAUCACUUUUUGAAAUCUGUCUUCUGAAUGAUGGUUUUGCAAAGAAGGGGAAUUUUAUACUAUAACCUGGUGUUAAAAUCACUGGUUAAGAUUAUGAUGAGUUGUGUAAGAAAAGUCAGAAAUAGAACUGAUUUUAGAAUUAUUUCACGAAGGUUCACAAGUACCAUCUUGAUUCUGAAUGACAGUAAAAUAAUAAAAUGAUCCUUUAGAUUUUAAUUCCAUUCUUCCACUAUUAAUUAUAAUUACAAUCUUUGUUUUGAUUAAAAGGUGAAAUCCUUUGUUGAUAAAAUAUAU